AUGAUUGUGAAGAAAGUAUCAGUAGCUAAAACAGAAAAUGUAACAGAACACAGAACGAAAAGAGCAAACAAAGCGAGUGACGAUGACCGAGGGUCAACAAUGACAUCCAGUUUCCUCUUGACAACAUCUUCGACGGCUGCGUCCCUGGCCACGACGGACGGCGGAGGAGCGCAGACGGAGCACAACCCCACGAUGCUGUCUGGGACCGGGAGCUCACCGGGGCUAUCUGGCGGUAGCCAGGCCGCCAGUGCCGCUUCCACAACACUGGAGCCUGGCACCAGCUCCACAGGCAUUGCCACGGCGAGUGGCACUGUUGGCUCUGGGUCUCCAGUGCCCAGCUCGGCAGCUGCCAGUGACUCUUCUUCGCCGGCGGGCUCCCCACCUCUGCCAUCCAGCAGCACGCCAAGCAGCAGCCGUGAAAACACUGAAGCUGGGCACACCAGGACAUCGCAGCCUUCUACAGCGGAAACAUCCCCACGUCCAGCGUCCACCGCUGCUAUUGCUGGGGCUGGAACUGUGCAGCCCACAACAGCGCAGGGGCAGGCCACGGCUCAGAUUGCAUCCACAUCACAGUUCACAGGCAGCCCGUUGCCUACCCCAGCUCCGACGUCAGCUCUGAGCAAAGCCACCACUCGUGCUAGCACAGGUGCAAUUCCAACGGCAGCCCACCUGAGCGGCACGACGGCUGACCUGCAGGACCAGACAUCCAGUUUCCUCUUGACAACAUCUUCGACGGCUGCGUCCCUGGCCACGACGGACGGCAGAGGAGCGCAGACGGAGCACAACCCCACGAUGCUGUCUGGGACCGGGAGCUCACCGGGGCUAUCUGGCGGUAGCCAGGCCGCCAGUGCCGCUUCCACAACACUGGAGCCUGGCACCAGCUCCACAGGCAUUGCCACGGCGAGUGGCACUGUUGGCUCUGGGUCUCCAGUGCCCAGCUCGGCAGCUGCCAGUGACUCUUCUUCGCCGGCGGGCUCCCCACCUCUGCCAUCCAGCAGCACGCCAAGCAGCAGCCGUGAAAACACUGAAGCUGGGCACACCAGGACAUCGCAGCCUUCUACAGCGGAAACAUCCCCACGUCCAGCGUCCACCGCUGCUAUUGCUGGGGCUGGAACUGUGCAGCCCACAACAGCGCAGGGGCAGGCCACGGCUCAGAUUGCAUCCACAUCACAGUUCACAGGCAGCCCGUUGCCUACCCCAGCUCCGACGUCAGCUCUGAGCAAAGCCACCACUCGUGCUAGCACAGGUGCAAUUCCAACGGCAGCCCACCUGAGCGGCACGACGGCUGACCUGCAGGACCAGACAUCCAGUUUCCUCUUGACAACAUCUUCGACGGCUGCGUCCCUGGCCACGACGGACGGCAGAGGAGCGCAGACGGAGCACAACCCCACGAUGCUGUCUGGGACCGGGAGCUCACCGGGGCUAUCUGGCGGUAGCCAGGCCGCCAGUGCCGCUUCCACAACACUGGAGCCUGGCACCAGCUCCACAGGCAUUGCCACGGCGAGUGGCACUGUUGGCUCUGGGUCUCCAGUGCCCAGCUCGGCAGCUGCCAGUGACUCUUCUUCGCUGGCGGGCUCCCCACCUCUGCCAUCCAGCAGCACGCCAAGCAGCAGCCGUGAAAACACUGAAGCUGGGCACACCAGGACAUCGCAGCCUUCUACAGCGGAAACAUCCCCACGUCCAGCGUCCACCGCUGCUAUUGCUGGGGCUGGAACUGUGCAGCCCACAACAGCGCAGGGGCAGGCCACGGCUCAGAUUGCAUCCACAUCACAGUUCACAGGCAGCCCGUUGCCUACCCCAGCUCCGACGUCAGCUCUGAGCAAAGCCACCACUCGUGCUAGCACAGGUGCAAUUCCAACGGCAGCCCACCUGAGCGGCACGACGGCUGACCUGCAGGACCAGACAUCCAGUUUCCUCUUGACAACAUCUUCGACGGCUGCGUCCCUGGCCACGACGGACGGCAGAGGAGCGCAGACGGAGCACAACCCCACGAUGCUGUCUGGGACCGGGAGCUCACCGGGGCUAUCUGGCGGUAGCCAGGCCGCCAGUGCCGCUUCCACAACACUGGAGCCUGGCACCAGCUCCACAGGCAUUGCCACGGCGAGUGGCACUGUUGGCUCUGGGUCUCCAGUGCCCAGCUCGGCAGCUGCCAGUGACUCUUCUUCGCUGGCGGGCUCCCCACCUCUGCCAUCCAGCAGCACGCCAAGCAGCAGCCGUGAAAACACUGAAGCUGGGCACACCAGGACAUCGCAGCCUUCUACAGCGGAAACAUCCCCACGUCCAGCGUCCACCGCUGCUAUUGCUGGGGCUGGAACUGUGCAGCCCACAACAGCGCAGGGGCAGGCCACGGCUCAGAUUGCAUCCACAUCACAGUUCACAGGCAGCCCGUUGCCUACCCCAGCUCCGACGUCAGCUCUGAGCAAAGCCACCACUCGUGCUAGCACAGGUGCAAUUCCAACGGCAGCCCACCUGAGCGGCACGACGGCUGACCUGCAGGACCAGACAUCCAGUUUCCUCUUGACAACAUCUUCGACGGCUGCGUCCCUGGCCACGACGGACGGCAGAGGAGCGCAGACGGAGCACAACCCCACGAUGCUGUCUGGGACCGGGAGCUCACCGGGGCUAUCUGGCGGUAGCCAGGCCGCCAGUGCCGCUUCCACAACACUGGAGCCUGGCACCAGCUCCACAGGCAUUGCCACGGCGAGUGGCACUGUUGGCUCUGGGUCUCCAGUGCCCAGCUCGGCAGCUGCCAGUGACUCUUCUUCGCCGGCGGGCUCCCCACCUCUGCCAUCCAGCAGCACGCCAAGCAGCAGCCGUGAAAACACUGAAGCUGGGCACACCAGGACAUCGCAGCCUUCUACAGCGGAAACAUCCCCACGUCCAGCGUCCACCGCUGCUAUUGCUGGGGCUGGAACUGUGCAGCCCACAACAGCGCAGGGGCAGGCCACGGCUCAGAUUGCAUCCACAUCACAGUUCACAGGCAGCCCGUUGCCUACCCCAGCUCCGACGUCAGCUCUGAGCAAAGCCACCACUCGUGCUAGCACAGGUGCAAUUCCAACGGCAGCCCACCUGAGCGGCACGACGGCUGACCUGCAGGACCAGACAUCCAGUUUCCUCUUGACAACAUCUUCGACGGCUGCGUCCCUGGCCACGACGGACGGCAGAGGAGCGCAGACGGAGCACAACCCCACGAUGCUGUCUGGGACCGGGAGCUCACCGGGGCUAUCUGGCGGUAGCCAGGCCGCCAGUGCCGCUUCCACAACACUGGAGCCUGGCACCAGCUCCACAGGCAUUGCCACGGCGAGUGGCACUGUUGGCUCUGGGUCUCCAGUGCCCAGCUCGGCAGCUGCCAGUGACUCUUCUUCGCUGGCGGGCUCCCCACCUCUGCCAUCCAGCAGCACGCCAAGCAGCAGCCGUGAAAACACUGAAGCUGGGCACACCAGGACAUCGCAGCCUUCUACAGCGGAAACAUCCCCACGUCCAGCGUCCACCGCUGCUAUUGCUGGGGCUGGAACUGUGCAGCCCACAACAGCGCAGGGGCAGGCCACGGCUCAGAUUGCAUCCACAUCACAGUUCACAGGCAGCCCGUUGCCUACCCCAGCUCCGACGUCAGCUCUGAGCAAAGCCACCACUCGUGCUAGCACAGGUGCAAUUCCAACGGCAGCCCACCUGAGCGGCACGACGGCUGACCUGCAGGACCAGACAUCCAGUUUCCUCUUGACAACAUCUUCGACGGCUGCGUCCCUGGCCACGACGGACGGCAGAGGAGCGCAGACGGAGCACAACCCCACGAUGCUGUCUGGGACCGGGAGCUCACCGGGGCUAUCUGGCGGUAGCCAGGCCGCCAGUGCCGCUUCCACAACACUGGAGCCUGGCACCAGCUCCACAGGCAUUGCCACGGCGAGUGGCACUGUUGGCUCUGGGUCUCCAGUGCCCAGCUCGGCAGCUGCCAGUGACUCUUCUUCGCUGGCGGGCUCCCCACCUCUGCCAUCCAGCAGCACGCCAAGCAGCAGCCGUGAAAACACUGAAGCUGGGCACACCAGGACAUCGCAGCCUUCUACAGCGGAAACAUCCCCACGUCCAGCGUCCACCGCUGCUAUUGCUGGGGCUGGAACUGUGCAGCCCACAACAGCGCAGGGGCAGGCCACGGCUCAGAUUGCAUCCACAUCACAGUUCACAGGCAGCCCGUUGCCUACCCCAGCUCCGACGUCAGCUCUGAGCAAAGCCACCACUCGUGCUAGCACAGGUGCAAUUCCAACGGCAGCCCACCUGAGCGGCACGACGGCUGACCUGCAGGACCAGACAUCCAGUUUCCUCUUGACAACAUCUUCGACGGCUGCGUCCCUGGCCACGACGGACGGCAGAGGAGCGCAGACGGAGCACAACCCCACGAUGCUGUCUGGGACCGGGAGCUCACCGGGGCUAUCUGGCGGUAGCCAGGCCGCCAGUGCCGCUUCCACAACACUGGAGCCUGGCACCAGCUCCACAGGCAUUGCCACGGCGAGUGGCACUGUUGGCUCUGGGUCUCCAGUGCCCAGCUCGGCAGCUGCCAGUGACUCUUCUUCGCUGGCGGGCUCCCCACCUCUGCCAUCCAGCAGCACGCCAAGCAGCAGCCGUGAAAACACUGAAGCUGGGCACACCAGGACAUCGCAGCCUUCUACAGCGGAAACAUCCCCACGUCCAGCGUCCACCGCUGCUAUUGCUGGGGCUGGAACUGUGCAGCCCACAACAGCGCAGGGGCAGGCCACGGCUCAGAUUGCAUCCACAUCACAGUUCACAGGCAGCCCGUUGCCUACCCCAGCUCCGACGUCAGCUCUGAGCAAAGCCACCACUCGUGCUAGCACAGGUGCAAUUCCAACGGCAGCCCACCUGAGCGGCACGACGGCUGACCUGCAGGACCAGACAUCCAGUUUCCUCUUGACAACAUCUUCGACGGCUGCGUCCCUGGCCACGACGGACGGCAGAGGAGCGCAGACGGAGCACAACCCCACGAUGCUGUCUGGGACCGGGAGCUCACCGGGGCUAUCUGGCGGUAGCCAGGCCGCCAGUGCCGCUUCCACAACACUGGAGCCUGGCACCAGCUCCACAGGCAUUGCCACGGCGAGUGGCACUGUUGGCUCUGGGUCUCCAGUGCCCAGCUCGGCAGCUGCCAGUGACUCUUCUUCGCUGGCGGGCUCCCCACCUCUGCCAUCCAGCAGCACGCCAAGCAGCAGCCGUGAAAACACUGAAGCUGGGCACACCAGGACAUCGCAGCCUUCUACAGCGGAAACAUCCCCACGUCCAGCGUCCACCGCUGCUAUUGCUGGGGCUGGAACUGUGCAGCCCACAACAGCGCAGGGGCAGGCCACGGCUCAGAUUGCAUCCACAUCACAGUUCACAGGCAGCCCGUUGCCUACCCCAGCUCCGACGUCAGCUCUGAGCAAAGCCACCACUCGUGCUAGCACAGGUGCAAUUCCAACGGCAGCCCACCUGAGCGGCACGACGGCUGACCUGCAGGACCAGACAUCCAGUUUCCUCUUGACAACAUCUUCGACGGCUGCGUCCCUGGCCACGACGGACGGCAGAGGAGCGCAGACGGAGCACAACCCCACGAUGCUGUCUGGGACCGGGAACUCACCGGGGGUAUCUGGCGGUAGCCAGGCCGCCAGUGCCGCUUCCACAACACUGGAGCCUGGCACCAGCUCCACAGGCAUUGCCACGGCGAGUGGCACUGUUGGCUCUGGGUCUCCAGUGCCCAGCUCGGCAGCUGCCAGUGACUCUUCUUCGCUGGCGGGCUCCCCACCUCUGCCAUCCAGCAGCACGCCAAGCAGCAGCCGUGAAAACACUGAAGCUGGGCACACCAGGACAUCGCAGCCUUCUACAGCGGAAACAUCCCCACGUCCAGCGUCCACCGCUGCUAUUGCUGGGGCUGGAACUGUGCAGCCCACAACAGCGCAGGGGCAGGCCACGGCUCAGAUUGCAUCCACAUCACAGUUCACAGGCAGCCCGUUGCCUACCCCAGCUCCGACGUCAGCUCUGAGCAAAGCCACCACUCGUGCUAGCACAGGUGCAAUUCCAACGGCAGCCCACCUGAGCGGCACGACGGCUGACCUGCAGGACCAGACAUCCAGUUUCCUCUUGACAACAUCUUCGACGGCUGCGUCCCUGGCCACGACGGACGGCAGAGGAGCGCAGACGGAGCACAACCCCACGAUGCUGUCUGGGACCGGGAGCUCACCGGGGCUAUCUGGCGGUAGCCAGGCCGCCAGUGCCGCUUCCACAACACUGGAGCCUGGCACCAGCUCCACAGGCAUUGCCACGGCGAGUGGCACUGUUGGCUCUGGGUCUCCAGUGCCCAGCUCGGCAGCUGCCAGUGACUCUUCUUCGCUGGCGGGCUCCCCACCUCUGCCAUCCAGCAGCACGCCAAGCAGCAGCCGUGAAAACACUGAAGCUGGGCACACCAGGACAUCGCAGCCUUCUACAGCGGAAACAUCCCCACGUCCAGCGUCCACCGCUGCUAUUGCUGGGGCUGGAACUGUGCAGCCCACAACAGCGCAGGGGCAGGCCACGGCUCAGAUUGCAUCCACAUCACAGUUCACAGGCAGCCCGUUGCCUACCCCAGCUCCGACGUCAGCUCUGAGCAAAGCCACCACUCGUGCUAGCACAGGUGCAAUUCCAACGGCAGCCCACCUGAGCGGCACGACGGCUGACCUGCAGGACCAGACAUCCAGUUUCCUCUUGACAACAUCUUCGACGGCUGCGUCCCUGGCCACGACGGACGGCAGAGGAGCGCAGACGGAGCACAACCCCACGAUGCUGUCUGGGACCGGGAGCUCACCGGGGCUAUCUGGCGGUAGCCAGGCCGCCAGUGCCGCUUCCACAACACUGGAGCCUGGCACCAGCUCCACAGGCAUUGCCACGGCGAGUGGCACUGUUGGCUCUGGGUCUCCAGUGCCCAGCUCGGCAGCUGCCAGUGACUCUUCUUCGCUGGCGGGCUCCCCACCUCUGCCAUCCAGCAGCACGCCAAGCAGCAGCCGUGAAAACACUGAAGCUGGGCACACCAGGACAUCGCAGCCUUCUACAGCGGAAACAUCCCCACGUCCAGCGUCCACCGCUGCUAUUGCUGGGGCUGGAACUGUGCAGCCCACAACAGCGCAGGGGCAGGCCACGGCUCAGAUUGCAUCCACAUCACAGUUCACAGGCAGCCCGUUGCCUACCCCAGCUCCGACGUCAGCUCUGAGCAAAGCCACCACUCGUGCUAGCACAGGUGCAAUUCCAACGGCAGCCCACCUGAGCGGCACGACGGCUGACCUGCAGGACCAGACAUCCAGUUUCCUCUUGACAACAUCUUCGACGGCUGCGUCCCUGGCCACGACGGACGGCAGAGGAGCGCAGACGGAGCACAACCCCACGAUGCUGUCUGGGACCGGGAGCUCACCGGGGCUAUCUGGCGGUAGCCAGGCCGCCAGUGCCGCUUCCACAACACUGGAGCCUGGCACCAGCUCCACAGGCAUUGCCACGGCGAGUGGCACUGUUGGCUCUGGGUCUCCAGUGCCCAGCUCGGCAGCUGCCAGUGACUCUUCUUCGCUGGCGGGCUCCCCACCUCUGCCAUCCAGCAGCACGCCAAGCAGCAGCCGUGAAAACACUGAAGCUGGGCACACCAGGACAUCGCAGCCUUCUACAGCGGAAACAUCCCCACGUCCAGCGUCCACCGCUGCUAUUGCUGGGGCUGGAACUGUGCAGCCCACAACAGCGCAGGGGCAGGCCACGGCUCAGAUUGCAUCCACAUCACAGUUCACAGGCAGCCCGUUGCCUACCCCAGCUCCGACGUCAGCUCUGAGCAAAGCCACCACUCGUGCUAGCACAGGUGCAAUUCCAACGGCAGCCCACCUGAGCGGCACGACGGCUGACCUGCAGGACCAGACAUCCAGUUUCCUCUUGACAACAUCUUCGACGGCUGCGUCCCUGGCCACGACGGACGGCAGAGGAGCGCAGACGGAGCACAACCCCACGAUGCUGUCUGGGACCGGGAACUCACCGGGGGUAUCUGGCGGUAGCCAGGCCGCCAGUGCCGCUUCCACAACACUGGAGCCUGGCACCAGCUCCACAGGCAUUGCCACGGCGAGUGGCACUGUUGGCUCUGGGUCUCCAGUGCCCAGCUCGGCAGCUGCCAGUGACUCUUCUUCGCUGGCGGGCUCCCCACCUCUGCCAUCCAGCAGCACGCCAAGCAGCAGCCGUGAAAACACUGAAGCUGGGCACACCAGGACAUCGCAGCCUUCUACAGCGGAAACAUCCCCACGUCCAGCGUCCACCGCUGCUAUUGCUGGGGCUGGAACUGUGCAGCCCACAACAGCGCAGGGGCAGGCCACGGCUCAGAUUGCAUCCACAUCACAGUUCACAGGCAGCCCGUUGCCUACCCCAGCUCCGACGUCAGCUCUGAGCAAAGCCACCACUCGUGCUAGCACAGGUGCAAUUCCAACGGCAGCCCACCUGAGCGGCACGACGGCUGACCUGCAGGACCAGACAUCCAGUUUCCUCUUGACAACAUCUUCGACGGCUGCGUCCCUGGCCACGACGGACGGCAGAGGAGCGCAGACGGAGCACAACCCCACGAUGCUGUCUGGGACCGGGAGCUCACCGGGGCUAUCUGGCGGUAGCCAGGCCGCCAGUGCCGCUUCCACAACACUGGAGCCUGGCACCAGCUCCACAGGCAUUGCCACGGCGAGUGGCACUGUUGGCUCUGGGUCUCCAGUGCCCAGCUCGGCAGCUGCCAGUGACUCUUCUUCGCUGGCGGGCUCCCCACCUCUGCCAUCCAGCAGCACGCCAAGCAGCAGCCGUGAAAACACUGAAGCUGGGCACACCAGGACAUCGCAGCCUUCUACAGCGGAAACAUCCCCACGUCCAGCGUCCACCGCUGCUAUUGCUGGGGCUGGAACUGUGCAGCCCACAACAGCGCAGGGGCAGGCCACGGCUCAGAUUGCAUCCACAUCACAGUUCACAGGCAGCCCGUUGCCUACCCCAGCUCCGACGUCAGCUCUGAGCAAAGCCACCACUCGUGCUAGCACAGGUGCAAUUCCAACGGCAGCCCACCUGAGUGGCACGACGGCUGACCUGCAGGACCAGACAUCCAGUUUCCUCUUGACAACAUCUUCGACGGCUGCGUCCCUGGCCACGACGGACGGCAGAGGAGCGCAGACGGAGCACAACCCCACGAUGCUGUCUGGGACCGGGAGCUCACCGGGGCUAUCUGGCGGUAGCCAGGCAGCCAGUGCCGCUUCCACAACACUGGAGCCUGGCACCAGCUCCACAGGCAUUGCCACGGCGAGUGGCACUGUUGGCUCUAUUUCCCCAACGCAUAUCUCAUCGUUAUCUUUCUCUACCACGUCUUUGCAUCCCUCUUCUCUCUCAAAUUUUUUUCCGUCCACUUCAAUCAAAUCAGCUUCACCUGAAUUUUGCUCUCCGGUUACUCUCUCUAUACAGCUGGAGAAUGUGACCAGUACAACAAUACAGUUCAGCUGGAAACCUCAAGGUGGCAGAAGAGACAGUCCUUAUCUUGUGCAUCUCUGGGACGGAUCUAGAGAAAUGGAGAAUAGAAACUUAAAUGAAACUAGUACUGCAUUUGAUGGUCUGGUCUCUGAUCAUGAAUACCAAAUAUCUGUGAAUGUUUUAACUUGCUCUAAGAACGUCAGCACGUCGAUGACCGUUCGGACAGCUGCUAAAGUCUUCAAUGGAAUGACUAGGAUUACCAAUGAAGACUUCGUACCUGAAUACCUGAACAAAUCAAGUACAGAAUUUAAGCAAUUUGAAGCUAAGUUCACUGAGGAGAUUAAAAAACAUCUGCCACCAACGAUCCUGAAAUUAAUAGAGGAAGAAAAAAUGCGUAUUGUAAUUAAUAGCCUCAGGAAUGGCAGUGUGAUUGCAUUCUUCAGCAUUGUGUUGGAUGAAGGAGAAAAUUUAACAAAGACAGAGAUUUCAGAUGCUUUUAUAGAGGCCCUUAACAUGAGUACAGUACUGAAAGCUGAUCUUAAAGAGACUGUCAUAGAAGCAAGGAAUAGUUGUCAGCCAGGAUUAAAUGACUGCUCACAAAAUGCUACCUGCACUGCUGAAGGAGCAACUUAUUCCUGUCAAUGCAAUGAAGGAUUCACAGAUAACAGUCCCCGAGUUCCAGGGAGAGUUUGCCAACUAAAGCAGAAUCCACCUUCACAAGAGAUAACUACAGUCCCUCCAGAAAGUGCUAUGGGUAGAUCUACAGGAACCACAGCUAGUUCUGUUUUUGCUACCACAUUCACAUCAGGAUCUUGCAUGCCAGUAUUCAUUAAAGUUGAGAAUGUGACUGGGGAGGCAAUACAACUUAGCUGGAACUCAGAGGAUGGCAAGAGAGACAGUUUCUACACAGUCUUCCUCAUGGAUGGAAUCCAAGAAAUAAAUAAAACCACUACAAAUGAGGCAACAAUAAUAUUUAAAUAUCUGCUUCCUGGUCACGUAUACACGAUAUCUGUGGAAGUAUUAUCUUGUGCUGAGAAUAGCAGGACUUCAGUGAGUGUCCGAACAGAUACUGUUUCCUGUUUCAACAGAACUGAUUUUUGCCUAUUACAGAAUCAUGGUUGUCCAGACUUAAAAUAUAUUAUAUGCUCAAGCUACCAAUCCUUUGCCUGCAGAGCUUUGUUAAAAAACCAGACAUUUAACAAUUCCCUUUAUGACGUUGAUAGUGGAGGCUACAAAGCAAUGUCUGAAAGUAUCAAAACAGAAAUCGUUUCAGAAAUGCGCAUCAAAUUGAAAGAUGAUCAUUUUGAUAUUAUGGUGCUUGGAUUCAGACCCGGGAGUGUGAUUGUUGAUUUUCUUUCUGUACUGCAAAAACAAGAGCCUGUUGAUGUGGAUAUUGUGCAGGAAUACCUAAGCCAAAUAUUAAAGAGCAAGUUUGGUGAUCAAACUGAAGUAACAGUACAAUCUCUGUCUACUGGACAACUUCUUCCAUCAACUGAAAGAAGUUCUUCCUGGAAAGUGGCAGUGAUUGUCCUUGGAGUUUUAUUUGGAGUUGCACUAGUGCUAAUUUUUCUUCUAAUAUUGGUUUAUAUUUGGAAGAAGAAAAGAUCAGGUAAAUACCUGGUUGAACCUACAGGACUCCUGGGAAAUUUUGUCUACAAGCACUUGUAAUGUAAGCCAUCGUUUUGACUUAUAUAUUUUGGAUACAGGGGAAAAUUAAUAUAUUUGUCUUAAAAUACUUUCGUCUUUGUUAAUCAUUUAUGUUAAACUAAGAUAACCCAACCUUCUCCUUCCCAAUGUCUUUUGCUGAGCUCAUGAAUUACUUUCUAAUGAAUUAUCCUUUCAACAUUACUCUUGGAUAAGGAACUUCGUAUUUUCCUCAUAGGAAGUGGGGAAGACUAAGGUACUGAGAAACUCCUGUUCAUACUACCCCUAUAAGCAUUGCAAUGACUCCUAGCCAUUGGAUUGGACAUAAAGAGACAAAAUUAGAACUGUUCAAUAUUCUUUUGUGUUUAGAUGACACAGCAAACUGACUGAUCUUUGUACCAAUAGCAGGACACUUGACCACAAAUCUGAGCCCCAGGUGAUUCAUCUAACAUGAGAUUUUUAUCACCAUAUGAAGAUGCCUUUUUCUCUCCAGUGACUGUAAAAUGGGCCCAGGACAGUUCAUGUUUUAGCAUAUACAGCUUGAUUUAGAGCCUGGAGGAAAGUGAGAUAAAUCUGGGCAGUAUGGACUUGUCACAGAUGUCUCUGGUGGAACAGGAAAAUCAUCUGAAGGCUUCUGAAUUCAAGACUUGGUUCCUUAACUCUUGGGCUAUGAAGAAACAUAUGCCUUCAUGUGAGAAAUGGAUAGCAUGAGAGAUAGAAAUGUCAUUUAAUAGGAAAUCAGUAAUUGAGUAGCUUGACUUCUUACUAGAAGAUGGGAGAAGGGAUAAAAAGCUUCAUCUGGACUGAAGUAAAUUGUCAUUUUAAUUUAUGCCUGUCAAAGAAAACUGGGCAAGAGUGUGUCAUAUAAUGCUGUUUUGCCUUGCCCAUGAUAAUCCCAAAGCAGAGUCUGCUGAAAGCAGCCCAGUAGAUCCUGUGGCUCUGCAAAAUACCCUGUGUUCCAGGGAAAUGGAAAGAAACAGCCUUCAUUUGUUUUUACCACUCUCAGCUGCAGUCCCAAUGAGGUUACUGUCUGCUUCUCCUGUGGUGUGUUUUUCUCCUUGGAAAGUGCUGAACAAAUAAUAAAAGGCAGUAUAUUUCUGUAGACAUGUUCAGUAGGAGUUAUUUAUUUAAUCUCAAAGCAGUUCUCCCUGUGUCUGUGUAUUUUGCCUGUAUGCCAAUGCUCAGCACUGAAGUACUGAAGCACUGAAUACCUUGUGAUGUUCUGAGACCCUGGCUCCAGUCCUCUGAGCAGUUCACGCCCUUUGUGCUGAUUGCAUUAUGGUUAGUUAGCAAGAGUUAGAGUAGUGAAGUGUCCAGAACUGUAGCAUGUUACAAGACAUCAGCACUGAAAAGAGCCUCUGUGUGCAGUCAGAUUUUAUGUAUCCUUUCCUACAGCUCCUGGAUGAAUCUUGCCAAGGACCUGGGUAAGCAGAAAGGUGGAGCUGUCUAGGUGCUGGCCUCAACACAUGUAGGCUGCUUUAGUUCAGGUUGUGAUAUUGUCCCAGUGGAAAUCACAACCAGCAAUGAUCUCUGCCCUGGGCUUAGAGGCAGUGUUGGUGUGAUGCCAAUGGUCUGUGCUGGUUGCAUGACCACCUCGAUGUGAUUAAUAUUUAUUAAAAAUUAUUUCUUGCAAGUUUCAAAUACAGCUGAUUUUUGCUGUUAUUUUUCCUUGAAUGGGAAAAUAACAUUUAACGAUGCAUUCUAUCUAUAAGUUCUCUGGUGAGCUGUGCUGAAAAUACCAAUGAGCUCUUUUGCUUAUUUUAGUACUUUUUCAUUCUUUUUGAGGGGUCUACUGUGAACAGCAAUCUUAUUGUUAAUAAAGCUUUCUGAUAUCUUUGCAAACAACGUUGAACUAAAGACCAUGUACAGCAGGGUUGUACUAUGGAAUUCUAGGAAUAGUCCUUGUAAAAUGCCUUUAUCUCUGAAGAAAUAUGGUAUUUUAAAUGUCCUUUUCCCCAAAAGUUUUACAAAUAAAAUUUGUAUUUUUACAAUUUUGUGUUCUGAAGGCAUCUGUUGUUUCUUCUGUGUAAAGUGGACUCUCUCCAAGGUGCGCAAGGGGAAGAUGGCCCCCUCCAUAAACAACAAAGCUACCUUGGUCCAGUAUGUGAUUUAAGA